AAUAUGUCAUCAUACUCUUAUGUAUUAGAUUUAAAAGUAUAAAGUUUCAAAAUUUACAAUCUUUACCAAAAAUGGAAUGAAAUUGAUGUUGAAUGUCGAUAAUUUGUUCAAUAAAGUUUUUAGAAAGUAGCGUCUUCUAUAUUACUUAAUUUAAAUAUAUUUUCCCCCGUUUCACAAAACCGUUCAGUAUAAAAAAGGCCAAAGAUUGAAAGAGAGAGAGAGAGAGAGGGAAAAGAGAAAGAAGGUUUCUUGAUACUCAAGCCAGAGAGAGAGAGAGAGAGAAUCCUUUUUGUCCGUUCGUUCUUCUGCAUGUAGAAUCGCGACUUCGAAAGAAAAUGGGAAAAUCGAAAGCGAGCAAAAAGCGCGCGAAGGACGUAGCCAACGACGUAAACGCGGCGGAGGUAGCCAUGGCGAAGGCGGUUCAGAGUUUGCAGGAAAUAUUCAGGGAACACUCCGAACAAGAGAUCCGUGCAGCGCUUCUUGAAUGCAAUAUGAACCAAAACUUCGCCAUCGAUCGUCUUCUUUCUCAGCAAGAGAGGAGUAAUGAGCAAGGAGCCAGUACUCAGUUACCUGAUUCAUCUACUACUUCUUCAACUGUCCUUGUUCCAAGUCAAAGUGAUGUUACAAAUGGUGAAACCAGGAGUGUGCCAACUAGUUCGAAUGAAGCAGCUCCUUCCUUGCCUGUGCCAUCAUCUAUUAGUGAUGUUGGUGAAGAAACCAGGACUGUGCCAAUUAGUUCCAGUGAAGCAGUUCCUCCCUUGUCCGUCCCAUCUUCUAGUGAUGUUACAAAUGGUGAAACCAGGAGUGUGCCAAUUAGGUCCAAUGAAGCAGCUCCUUCUUUCCCUGUGCCAUCUUCUAGUGCUGUAACAAACGGUGAAUCCAGGAGUGUCCCAAUUACUUUGAUUCCUCCCUUGUCCGUGCCAUCUUCUAGGCCUUUAUUACCAAACGUCAAACCUAAGAGACAAGAAAGUAGGAUAAUAUCUGCUACUGGGCCACCAAUGGCUGAAGUUUUGAGGGGUUUACAUGUACCACCAAAACAGAAUGUAACUAAAGCUCCUCUCAAGGCUGAUGAUUCUCCCUUGAAGCCAGAUGCUACUAAUAAUCCAAUCUCUAACUCAUCUACUGAGUCUGGUGCUGCUAGAAAUCCUCAACACUCAGCUUUUCCAAUGCCUACAAGACAACAAAGCAUUGCCACUGAUGCAUUUGGAAACUAUCCUAUCUCUGAACCACAUAUUAAUAAUCAACAAGCCAUGAACCGCUAUAACUCUCUGGGUCAUGAGGUUCCUAUAGAGCAAUAUGGUAAUGUGAUGAACUCUCCUUACUUUUGGCGCCAAGCACAGAACGAGAGAUACAACGUGCCAUCAUCAGCACCAUUUCAGCAACGUGGUGGUGGUAGUAACAUCAACACUUUGGCGCAUCGUGGAAGUAUGAUGGAGUCUCCUUACACGUGGCUAGAACCGAACGACACUUCCAUUUAUGAGUCUCUGAAUUCAGUGUUUGCUCCGUACAGAAACAGUACCUUGCCUCUGUCAGCUACCUCUAGUGUUCCUACUUAUCACGAUUCUGCUUACGGUGGUGGCAUGUUGAGUGGCAGCAACUCAAGGUUUGGGUAUGAAGAUGUCUCAAGAAAUCAUUUUCCAUCAAACUCGAGUGGUGGUACCUCUACUGGUCCUUCCUCUCACGGUUCUGAUUACUACGGUCGUGGCAUGUCGAGUGGUAAUGGUUCAAACUCGAGGUUGGGGUAUGAAGAUGUCUCAACAAUUCACAUGCCAUCAAUUCAGGGUAGAAUCCCAUUUGAGUGGCGUGUGCAAGGAGAAGAUAGUUACAGCCCCAUCCCGCCUCCUCGUAGCCAACAGGAACGGGAGGCUUACUUUGAAAGAAUCGGAGCUGACUUAUUAGCAUCAUCUCUCGACCAAGAAUACAAUAGACGUGACCAAACCCAGCAACGGCCAAGAGACAAGUAGUGUAACUUGUACAAAAUCAACCAGCUCCAGAACUGAUGACUUUCUUUCUAGUGUUUCAGCUUUCAUUAUAGGUACAGAAUAAUGCUUUUAGCCUUAGAAAAAAAAAACUCAAAUAACGUUUGUCCUGUGGUUCGAUAUCUUGCCAUCAUUUUUUUGUACUUUCAAUGUUUACAUGGCAACGAUUGAUUGUUUUCCUUUUAGUGAAAUCAAACUAAACAACAGGGGAAGAAAAAAAUAA